AGUUAACUUUAUUUUGAAAUUGGAUUUCAGUAAAAACGAAUACUGAAUAGUGAGUACUGUGCUAGAAGCACUUUAACACAAUUCGAUAUAUAUAUUAUAUAGUGGUGCUUAAAGUUUAAGCCUAAAGAAUGCCGCAUUUUCGCAUUGAGACUAAUGUCCCAAAAUCUAAAAUACCACAUGAUUUUGUUACCAAAACGGUGCCAGUUUUGGCUAAAGCUCUUGGCAAACCAGAAUCCUAUUGUGUCGUGACUGUGAUACCAGACCUACUAAUGAGUUUUGGAGGUACUACAGAACCUUGUGCUAUUGCUAACCUUAUGUCUAUUGGAGCUCUUGGUGUAGAACAAAACAAAAAGCAUUCUAAAGUUCUUUUUGAGCUUGUGGAAAAAGAAUUGGGUGUAUCAAAUGAUAGAAUGUACAUAACUUUCCAAGAUGAACCAACAGGAAAUGUUGGAUUCAAGGGCACUACUUUCCAUUCCAUUUUUGGAUAAACAAGAUUCUAAAAUAUAUUAUAAUUUACCAUAGGAAAUAUUAUACAGUAGUUAAAUUUAAAACCAUGUAUAUAUUGGCUUUCAAUAAUAAAA